CUUUCUUUUGUUUUCUUUCGGAUUACUUAAUUGGUAUUUGGAAUGAACAAUUUCCAAAUCUAAAAAAUUUGGAAAUUUUGAAAUGGAAAGAUACUUCUGAUCCAAUCAUAUCAUUCAUUAUAUUGAUAAUUUCAAAAAACUGAUCAUACUAUGAACAUAGUAGAAUGGCGGUCGGGCAAGCAUUCCCCCAUCGUCCAGUAGUUUAGGGCAUCUCUCUUUCAAGAAGGCAACGGGGAUUCGACUUCCCCUAGGGGUAGGGUACUACGAAAGGAAAUGGAUCAGGAUUAUUAAUAAAUGCUUAAAUAGAGUCUUCUUGGAUCGAUGCUA